CUCGCCUUUUCAGUUCAGUUUGGGCAGUGUCGCUGUGGGGUGAGGACAGCGGCGACGACCAUGGGGAAGCUUCAGGAGUUUGAAAUCACUUUUGACGGGAAUAAAGUCGUGUACAGCCCGGGAGAGAGCAUCACUGGCAUCGUGAGGAUCAAAGUGGCCCAGGCGCUGCCAUGUAAAGAUAUUAAAGUAAACUGCAAUGGCUUCUGUGGCAUCACGACUAAAGUGAACGACACCGCCUGGACCAAUGAGGAGCAGUACUUCAACACAACCGUCUCUGUGGCAGACAAAGGUACUCUGAAACCCGGAGAACACACUUUUCCAUUCAAGUUUCUCAUCCCAGCCACAGCCCCCACAUCUUAUGAAGGAAACUAUGGGAAGAUUAUUUACAGAGUGCGCGCCUUCAUCGACACACCACGAUUUGCCAAAGACUACAACACAGAGAAGGCCUUCUACCUGCUUAGCCUCCUCAACCUCAAUGAAGUGCCAGACAUUUGGGGCCCUAACCAGUCUGCAGUGACCCAGCAGUUCACGUACAUGUUGAUGAAAACUGGUACAAUUGUCCUGAAAGCUGAGACGGACAUGAGGGGCUACACAAAUGGACAAGUGAUUCAAGUCAGUGCAAACGUCCACAACCAAUCAGGGAAGACCACUGGCAACAUCAUAGCCAGCCUCAUGCAGCGUGUCACAUAUGAAACAAAGCGGCCGACUCAUGACCUCCGGGUGAUUGCACAGGUGGAGGGGGGAGUAGUGAAGGCAGGGAAGGAGCUGGCGUGGAAGGAACAGAUCAUUGUUCCUGCUCUGCCCCAGUCUGCGCUAAAGGGGUGUGAUCUCAUCAAGAUCGAAUACUAUGUCAAAGUCAGUCUGAAAUCUCCAGAUGUCAUGUUAACAUUACCCAUCCACAUUGGAAACGUGUCACUGGACAAAAAGUACCGGCCAGCAGCCAAAUCUGCCUCUGCUCCUGCUCCUGCUUCUGUUCCUGCUUCCGUUCCUAGCUCUCUCCCCGUUCCUGAAGACUCUACCUCCAGUACUGCCACCACACCCACGUUACCCCCUCGGCCCGGUCCCAAACCUGCCCCCCGUGCUGCCCCGCGCUCCCGAAUGUCCUCCUGCCACUCCCCCAGUGCACCCCCAGCAGAGUUUCCAUUGGGGGCUGAAGGGGGCGCUAUGAUAGACGAUGGUUAUCCCAAUAAGAGACAGUCCCAGCUAGUAUCACCAAAUGCAUUCAGCUACGCCCCAGGGCUGUUUUUCGGCCAAAACCAGCAGAAUAAUGACAAUCCCCAAGCAGCAUCUAGGGGUGCGGCCGCUCCCUACCCUCCAGAUAAUAGAGCAAGUGCAAUGCCAAGUCCGCUUAUAAUACCACCGGACUACAGCACAGCUUCAUAUCCAAAAGAUAAUGGAGUAGAAACAAGAAGCUCCACCAUCCUAUGAUGAAAGCUGCAACACUUGAACCAACAACACCAGAAAGAUGGUCAACCUUUUACCUGCACCAGGACCUACCAACGAGUUGCGUUCUAAUCUAAUAGAUACCAAAAAGUUGGUUUCAAAAUGUUUGACCUUGUUGGAAAUUUUGGUUCUUAUAAUGGUUAAAACAGUUGUGAUUUACUCUCUCCCUAGAGAAUUCAAUCAAUAUUUUUCAGUGGUCAUUUACUCUACUAGAAAUACCCAAUAUGUAUCAUCAAUAAAAAAAAACAACAUCAGUUUGUACAUAAAACACAUUUAAAGAAAAUUAAGGUAGGCCUACUUUAAAAAAAUCUUGGUGUCUGUGAUGUCUAGUUUGGGAUCUUAGAUUUCCAAAUGCAUUCUCAGCAUCACAGUUUACUAAUGUUUUAUUGUAAACUUUUGCUAAACAAGUUGCAUAUAUUGUUUUUAUAUAUUUUGAGCAGCAAUGAACAAUCUUAUUUGUACAAACAAUAUUCAUCCUGUUAUGUGAAUUUUUUUGUCAUGAGUUUGGUCACUCUUGGUUUGAUUGUGGGAAUCACUGUAAUUUAUAUUGUUCAGCUGCUAAGUGAGUGUUUUUUCUUUUGUUUUUAAACUUUUAUUGUAUAGAGAAAGUAUGGUUUUAAUUUUAUGUUUUUAUUAUCAGUCCUGUGUCAUUAACCAACGAUGAGAGAUUCCCCUCAUCUUUGGUUAAUCAAAAUUUAUUCUAAUCAGCAUAUCUACGCCAAAUUGUAUUUAUUUAUUUUAUUGCCACCUGUUGUUGGAUUCCAAUAAAGACCAGAUUAAUGU